CUCCCAACUCACCCCUUCCCUUCCCCGGCCGCUACCAACUGCCCAGCGCUGCGCCUGCGCAAAUCCUCAGCGCCUCUCUCGCGUCCGCCGCGCCCCACUCCGCGAUGCCCGAGCAGCGCCCGCCCGCGGGGACCGACCCGCGCAGCGGCUUCUGCGCCGCGACGCGGACCUUCCACAGCCUGCGCUCGUCCGCCACGCUCCCGCCGGACUCGCUCCCGGCCACCGCCGCCGCCUACGCCUUCUCCCUCCUCUCCUCGCCGCUCCCCGGCCGCCCCGCGCUCGUCGACGCCGCCACCGGCAUUGCCGUCUCCUACCCCUCCUUCCUCGCCGCCGUCCGCUCCCUCGCGGGGGGGCUCUGGUCCGCCCUCGGCGUCCGCCCGGGCGACGUCGCGCUCGUCGUCUCCCCGUCCCGCCUCGAGGUCCCCGUGCUGGACUUCGCGCUCAUGUCCAUCGGCGCCGCCGUCUCGCCCGCGAACCCGGCGUCCACCGCCGACGAGUUCGCGCACAUGGUCGCGCUCUCCAGGCCGGCCGUCGCGUUCGCGGUCCCCGAGGUGGCUGCUAAGCUGCCGAGGAGCCUCAGGUGCGUUGUCAUCGGGUCGGACGAGUAUACGAGGCUGUCGUCCGCCGGCGGUGCGUCGCCGCCGCCGCCGGUGGCGGUGAAGCAGUCCGACACGGCGGCCGUGCUGUACUCGUCGGGCACCACGGGGCGGGUGAAAGCCGUCGCGGUCGCGCACCGCAACCUCAUCGCGCUGAUCUGCGCGCAUAGGGAAAACCGGGAGAAGAUGGCGAAGGAGGCUGCCGAGGCCGGCGAGCAGCCGCUCCCACCCACGGUGACGCUGUUCCCCCUUCCGCUCUUCCACGUGUUCGGGUUCAUGAUGCUGCUCCGGUCCGUGGCCAUGGGGGAGACCGCCGUCCUCAUGGAGCGCUUCGACUUCGGCGCCGCGCUGCGCGCCAUCGAGCGGUACCGUGUCACGCUGCUGCCCGCGGCGCCCCCGGUGCUGGUGGCCAUGAUCAAGUCCGAGGAGGCGCGCCGCCGUGACCUCUCCUCCCUCCUCGUCAUCGGCAUCGGCGGCGCUCCACUCGGUCGCGAAGUCGCCGAGCGCUUCGCCGCCGUCUUCCCCAACAUAGAACUCGUUCAGGGCUACGGUCUGACGGAGUCGUCUGGCUCGGUGGCUUCGACGGUGGGGCCGGAGGAGACAAAGGCGUACGGUUCGGUCGGGAAGUUGGCAUCGCACAUGGAGGCGAAGAUCGUCGACCCCGCCACCGGCGAGGCGCUCGGGCCGGGGCAGCGCGGGGAGCUCUGGGUCCGUGGACCAGUCAUCAUGAAAGGCUAUGUGGGAGAUGACGAGGCGACUGCAGCAACAAUGGAUUCAGAAGGCUGGUUGAAAACUGGUGACCUAUGCUACUUCAAUGAAGAUGGUUUCCUCUACAUUGUUGACCGAUUAAAGGAGCUGAUAAAAUACAAGGGAUAUCAGGUACCUCCAGCUGAACUUGAGCAUAUCCUGAAUUCUCAUCCUGAUAUCUUGGAUGCUGCUGUUAUCCCAUAUCCAGAUGAAGAUGUCGGGCAACUACCAAUGGCGUUCAUAGUGAGGAAACCAGGUUCAAAGCUCACCGAGCAACAAGUCAAGGAUCACGUGGCUAAACUAGUGGCACCGUACAAGAAAGUCCGCCGAGUGGCCUUUGUCUCUGCAAUACCAAAAUCACCUGCUGGGAAGAUCUUGCGGCGGGAGCUUAUACAGCAGGCCGUGUCCAUGGGUGCCUCCAAGCUUUGAGGUUUAUGCUGACUUGGAAAUAUAGGAGGAAAGUUCUUUGCGUAGUACCAGACUCAGGAUUUGUACAUGCUGCUACGGUUUUCAGGCUGACUCGGGUAUUCUUAGCCGAACGGUAGUACCUCUGAAUUUUGCUCAUGCUUCUUUCAUGCUACAAACGGAAUGUCGCGGAAGAAAUUUGUGGGGGAUCGGCUGUCCACUUUCUUCUGUUCGUUGCCUGGUUCUCUAAAAAACCUUAUUCUUCGUCUGAACUACUGUCUUGUUGUCCCCAGACCCAUCGAAGUCUGGGCGUCCAUCGUGUCAGAGUUUCAUAUAAAUCUUGCUCAGUGCGUC